CGUGCUUUUUUUUUGUAAAUGUGAAAGUUUUAAAAAAUUGGAACCCCUCUCAAAAUCGGUAAUCCCUAUCCCCUCGGACAGGCAUGAUCUGAGCUUCCCAUGUGACCUAAUUCCCAAUUCUUCCCCAAAGCCUUCUCUCUCUCUCUCUCUCCCUAUCCUUUCAAAAACCCUGAUUUUGCAUUAAUAUAAAAAGAGAAAGGAAAAAGGAGUUUUUUCUUCUGUUCUUCCGAUUGAAUUUGUGCAAUCUCCAUGGAUAUCUUCAAAUCCGUGUUCUCCGACGAUGCCCUAUUCGAAUCCUCCGAGCCACCCACUGACCCGAAUCCGAAUCCGGGAUCGAGGUGGAGCUUCGGCGCCCUAAUGAGAACCCUUGCCGACAAGUCGGAGUCCGUGAUGGAAUCAUACCGGAAGGACUUGGAGGAUUUUGGAUCCGGGUUAAAGAAGGAGACCGAGAUUAUUCGGAGCGUAGCCUCAAGAGCCGUCAACGAUUCCCUCGAGAUCGGCGCCUCCGUUGCACAGGAAAAGCUCGAGUCGGUGGGACAGGCCAUUGAUGAUAUCGGUAGCUCGGUUUGGAAAUCAACGGCUCAGAUCAUCUCUCAUGGUAAAGACGCGUUCUUAUCACUGUCCGACGAUGAUAAUUCUGAUUCUGAAAAUGCCAAUAAUAAGAAAUUGAAUAUUAGUAAUAAUAGCAGCAAUGAAAAACGGUACAGUCGUUUUGAGAUGCAAAUUCGAGCGCUUCAAUCCGAUAGAAGUACUUAUUGUGCGGAACCGGAGGAUUUGGAGGAUUUUGAGAAAUGGAAAUUAGGGUUUAAUUUGGAAGAAAAGAAAGGGGAAAUUGAGGAUUUGUUUAAAGAAAAUUCGGUUAAUGAAGAUAUUUUCAAAGAGGUUGCUUCUGAUGAAAUCGAAUCUAAGAGAUAUUGGAGUAAUUAUUUUUAUAAGUUGAGUAGGCUAAGGAAAGCGGAGGAGGCGAGAGCUAAGCUUGUUAAACGUGCAAUCUCGGGGGAGGAAGAGGAGGAUUUGAGCUGGGAUAUUGAUGAGGAUGAUGAAGAGGCGAGUGGAAAUUCAGAGAGUGAGAAGAAGAAUAAUUUGAGUGAAGGUGGUGAGAAAUGGUUGAAAAAUGAGGAGGAUAAAGCAGAUUCGUGUAAGGAUAGUGAUGUUUCAGUAGUUUCAAGCAAUCUAUCAAUGCCCGAGGAGGAAGGGUGGGAUGAGAUUGAGGAGAUACGGAGCAGUGAUGAUAGUAAGGGGGAAGAUGUUGGGAGUGGUAAUAGGGUUGAUCGGCAAAAGCGUAAGAGUGUUGCAGAGGAAGAGGAAGAUUUGAGUUGGGAUAUUGAUGAUGAAGAGGAGGAUCAGCCUGUUAAAGCUUGAUUUGAUAUUGAUAUCUACAAAGGGAUCAAAAUCAAGUGUUAAAUACUAGAAUCAUUGAGGUUCUUCUGAGCUGAUUUUUUUUUAAAGAUUUUAUAGUUUAAGUAUGAUAAAAGAUAAUAAACAUUGCAGUUCAUUAUGUAAAUAUUUCUCAGUGAUUGGAUUCAAUUAUAUAACUCAUUUUUUUCUUUGAAUUUUCAUAAAUAUAAAUCAGUCUAUGUGAAACAUUCGCAGAA